UUUAGUUUAUUCCUGAUGUUUUUUUUUUUUUUUUUGUCGUUUGAUUCUAUAUAUCAUUUGAGUUUUCUCUAGUUGGUAAGAAUUAGGAUGGGAGAUCAUUUAGUGUUGGUGGUUGAUAAGUUAUCGAGCAAUUCUGGUCUCGUAGCGUUACAGGUAGACACAGUUAAGGAAGAUGAUGCAUCUGCAGGAACCGAUGAUGUAUGUAAGAGAGAAUUUGUACAAUGCAGGAUUUGUCAUGAUGAAGAUGAAGAUUCCAACAUGGAUACUCCCUGUUCUUGUUCCGGAACAUUAAAGUUUGCACAUCAUCAUUGCAUCCAGAGAUGGUGCAACGAGAAAGGUGACACCUUAUGUGAAAUUUGCCGUCAGCAAUAUAAACCUGGUUACACAGCUCCCCGCCAAUUGUUUCACUACACAGGCAUCUCUAUGAACUUCAGGAGUGAUUGGGGAAUAGAGGCACUAGAUCUUCGUAACCCUUAUUUUCUUACCGAUGAUCACGAGCUUUAUUCGUUUCAUAGCCCCACGAGCUUGGUUUGUUGUCGUGUAAUUGCCUUGCUGUUCAUCUUUCUACUGUUCUUGCGCCAUUCUCUUCCAGUUCUUUUAGGUGGAAUCGAUGAUUUCUCGUUAACUUUGCUUCUGUUGCCAUUAUUGAAAACAUUGGGAAUCUUGCUGGUUGCAUAUUUCUUAGUCAAGUCAUUCACAGCUAUACAACGUUGCAGGCAAGAAAGAGAUACGAGAUUCUCUGGUUUCUCUUCUGAUGAAGAAACUGCGCCGCCUUGGAUAUUGCCCGAACGACCUGAACUGCAGGUUCCCGUAAACUAAGACAAUCAGUUCUUAAAUUCUCCUUCUGUGGUUUGAUAAUGAUUUGUACGUAUGUGUACCAUUACAACAUUAUACACAAACUAUACAUACCCAUUAAAUAAAUGUUGCUUUGGUGGUAUGGUAUUCCAAAUUGAUUAGAUAAA